GUUGCAUCUAAUAUAGGUAGUCGUCAUGUCUAACAUCAUCAACGAAGUCAAGUUGGACUUCAAAGACGUGUUGCUCAGACCCAAAAGAAGCACGCUGAAGACCCGGGCCGAGGUGGAUCUGUACCGGCAUAUUAUGUUUCGGAAUUCGAGGCGUACGUACCAAGGCAUUCCUCUGAUAGCGUCAAACAUGGACACAGUGGGUACUUUUGAGAUGGCUGCUGUUUUUGGAAAGCAUGGCGUAUUCACUACUAUCCAUAAGUAUUACGAGGUGGACGAGUGGCUGGUGUUCGCCAAUGAAAAUCCGACAAUUCUGGAUCAUGUCGCCGUCAGUUGUGGCAUAAGCGAGGCCGAUUUUCAAAAAUUGGGCAAAAUUUUGGCUGCUGUUCCCGGCGUGUCGUUCAUAUGCUUGGACGUUGCCAACGGCUACACACAGCAGUUUGUGGACAUUGUACGGAAGACCCGAAACACUUAUCCACAACAUACGAUUAUUGCAGGCAACGUGGUCACCGGCGAAAUGGUGGAAGAACUGAUAUUGUCCGGCGCCGAUAUUAUCAAAGUCGGGAUAGGUCCUGGAUCGGUGUGCACUACACGCAUCAAGACCGGAGUAGGAUAUCCGCAGCUGAGCGCCGUGAUCGAAUGUGCUGAUGCUGCACACGGUCUACAAGGCCACAUCAUUUCCGACGGUGGAUGUGUUUGUCCCGGUGACGUUGCCAAAGCAUUCGGUGCGGGUGCCGAUUAUGUAAUGCUUGGGGGAAUGCUGGCCGGGCACGAUGAAAGCGGCGGUGAGCUGACCAUCAAGUCCGACGGUACCAAAUGCAAAUCUUUUUACGGCAUGAGUUCGCUGACAGCGAUGAAAAAGCACUCUGGCGGCAAAGCUGAGUACAGAGCGGCCGAAGGAAAAGCCGUGGAAGUGCCGUACAGAGGCAAGGUAAACGACACUCUUUUAGACAUACUGGGCGGUCUUCGAUCGGCGUGCACUUACACAGGUGCUCACAAGCUCAAAGAGCUACCAAGGCGUUCCACAUUCAUCCGUUGUACGCAACAAGUAAAUCCCGUAUAUUCCAAUAUUGCUGCUAAAGAAUAGAUGUUAGGCAAGUCAUAU